AUGAACAGACUUCGAUUUGCUUCGAACAGUUUGUUUCACAGGAGAGUUCCAACAUCCAUUCGUUGCUACUGCCCCGCACCAAUAACGUCUGCAAAGCCAGCAAAGACUCCCGACGAUCUCUUCCAACGCCUCGUAGCAUCCCACCCACAGCUUUAUCGACCACUGCUCAUGUCCGAGCCUGCCUCAAAGCGCGUCAAGAUGUCCAACGGCACCGCUGCCCCAGUCAUUGGCACUCACAACGGCCACUUCCACGCCGACGAAGCUCUCGCCGUCUACCUCCUCCGCUUGCUGCCAGAGUACCAGAAUGCCUCCCUCACCCGCACAAGAGACGCCGAAGUGCUCAAUAGCUGCGACAUUGUGGUAGAUGUUGGUGGUGUCCACGAUCACGCAGUCAAGCGCUACGACCACCACCAGCGCGAGUUCAAUGCCACAUUCCCAGGCAAGCACACUAAGCUGUCCAGCGCUGGUCUCGUCUGGAUGCACUACGGCAAGCAGAUCAUCUCCGCAGUGACGGCACUGCCUGUUGAAGAUGCGGACAACGAGCUUCUCUACCAAGAAAUCUACGAGGACUUCGUCGAGGCAUUUGACGGCAACGACAACGGCAUCUCGUCAUACGACCCACAAGAGCUUAGGAAAGCAGGCAUCCAGAAGAAGUUCAACGACGGCGGCUUCACAAUCGCAAGCGUCGUCUCACGCUACAACAGAGCACCAGUCAGCCAAUUGGCAGACGGCAAGCCAGCAGGCAAUGGCGCACCACCAGCACAGGGCAAGCCAGAGAAGACACAAGAUGAGGAGGACAACAGAUUCCUACGCGCAUCGCAGUUCGUCGGUGAGCAGUUCUCGCUGAAGCUGACGGAUAUGUUCACGUCCUGGUUACCAGCACGCGCUGUGGUCGCCAAAGCUUUCAACUUACGACACGCAGUCGACCCGUCCGGCAGCAUCAUCGUGAUUCCAUACAAGGCGGAAGGCGUACCGUGGUCAGACCACCUCUACAGCUUGGAAGAGGAGCACAAGGUGCAGGGCAAUGUGCUGUAUGCACUGUUUGCGGAAAACGGCGAGCCAGACAGCAAGUGGCGCAUCAGAGCUGUCUCGCUUGAGCUGGGCAGCUUCGAGAAUCGCAAGGGACUGCCAGAGGCAUGGAGAGGUGUUCGUGAUGAGGAGCUCAGCAAGCUCAGUGGUAUUCCAGGCUGCAUCUUCGUGCACGCGGCUGGCUUCAUCGGUGGGAACAAGACUUUCGAGGGUGCUUUGGAGAUGGCGAAGAAGGCUGUGCAGAUGUAA